UCCCCAGCAGCAUUCACUCGGUGCAUUGCUUCGUCUUUGUCCGUCCCCCACUAGUGUUGCCUUUACUUCUACUGAACCACUUCGGGAAUGAUAUAGGAUUAAUUCCAUCCAUUUUAUCUGAAGUCUUUGACCAGCGUUGAAAGAGUUUGGACAAGAAAAUAGUUUUGUCGCCAUUUUGAUUUCUCGGACGGAACUGAUAAACGGAAGAAAAUGCGUCUUAUCCAUAACAUGACGACCAUUGCGGAGUGUCCAGCAGCUGAAUACUCGGCCCCCAACCGGGUCAUUAAAAUGGCUGUGAUAGGAGGCAGCGGAGUUGGGAAAACAGCGCUCGUGGUGAGAUUCCUAACGAGGCGCUUCAUCGGAGACUAUGAGAGAAAUGCUGGUAAUCUCUACUCCAGAGAAGUUCAGGUGGAUGGAGAGCAAGUGACCAUCCAGGUUCAAGACACUCCUGGUGUGGAGCUGACUGAUAAUGGCAUCAGUCUACCCGACCAUGUGACCUGCUCCAUCCAGUGGGCUGAUGCAGUGGUGCUGGUGUACUCUGUGACAGACCGCCGCAGCUUUGAUUUGAUUGAUCAGUUGCACCAGCUGGUUGUUCGUGCUGGCGGCGCCAAUAUGCCUCCCGUAAUUCUUCUGGCCAAUAAGGCGGACCUGCUGCACCUGAGGCGGGUCGACUCCCAGCAGGGCCCUUUGCUAGCGGGAACACUGGGCUGCUCUUUCUACGAAGUAUCUGCCAGCGAGGACUACAGCCAGGUGCACAAGGCUUUCCACAGGCUGUGCUGCCAGCUAGCCAAGCAGCCGCCUCCUGCCUCCAACUCGUCACACAACUCUGCCAGCGCUGCCACGGAGAAGAGGCGCUCGCCCCUCAUCCCCAGACCAAAGUCUCCCAAUAUGCAAGACCUGAAGAGGCGCUUCAAGCAAGCCCUGUCUGCAAAAGUCAGGACUGUCACCUCUGUGUGAGGGCACACAAAGAAAGGAACCAUUGAGAAAUGAGGACAGAAGAUUUGUGCUUCUCCACUGAAGUCCUGUACCAGUCUGUCUGAAGAAGACAAGUGUGAAAUGAACAGUGGUAGGUUCUAAAUAGCUGGAGGCUGAAUCUUUAACAGAGGUAAUGACCUCUGUAAAAGUGGGCAGGUGUCUGUCCUGUCAGACACAUGUGUGAGGAGAAGCAGUGAGGAGGUUCAUCUCUUCAGGAGAAGAAAUGACACCUCAGGACACAGAAGCAGCCGUGUGAGGCUGUCUGAACCACAGACUGCAUAUAAAAUUAAACUGUAAAUCAAGCUCUCCUGGCAACAGCAGCUCUGAAGGACUCGACAGCAUAUUUUUAGCUGUGCUACCUAUUGUGGCGGUUGUUCAUUCAGACUAUCACUACAUGGCACACUUUGUGCAGCUGUGUGUGUGUACUCAGUCUCUUGUAUGUCAAUACCUGCAGCAUCCAGAACCAUCAUUGUGCAUGACAGAAUGAUGAUGUGGAGGUUGGGUGGGGCAGCAGACAGUGUGUGGCAUGUGGCGGUUAUUAUCACUGAUGCACUUUAUAAAAAGGAAUAAUCCAAAGGGCCGUUGUUAUUUAUUUGUUACAAACUCACAUUUUGCUCACAAUAAAAUGAUGAUGAAUUUGA